AUGACAGUGAUUUUUGGUGCAACAUUAUUGUAUGAUGAAACUACAGAGUCAUUUGAAUGGUUAUUUGAAACUUUUUUGGAUGCAAUGUCAGGAAAAAAACCUAUUAGUUUUUUUACAGACCAAGAUCAAGCAAUGGCUAAGGCAAUUUCACAAAUCAUGCCUGAGGUUUUUCAUAGGUUGUGCACUUUUCACCUAAUGCAAAAUGCUUUAAAGCAUUUAGGUUACUUGUUCAAGAGUGGUUCAAAAUUUAGUAGCGAUUUAAAGGCUUGCAUUUAUGACUACAGGAAUGAGCAUGAAUUAAUUGAAGCUUGGAAUUCUUUGAUUGAUAAAUACAACUUGCAAGAGAAUGAGUGGAUGAAAAGAACUUGGAGAAAAAGAGAGCAAUGGGCGCAUGUGUAUAUGAAGUGGGUAUUUACUGGAGGAAUGCGAAGCACAAAACUUAGUGAAAGUCUAAAUGGAACAUUAAGGAGAUAUUUGAAAGGUGAUCAUAACAUUGUUCAAUUCUUUACUCAUUUCAAUCGGAUUGUUGUAGAUAAGCGGUAUGAGGAAAUUUCUGCAAUAUAUGAUUCUAGACAAAAGUUGUCAAGAAUGAAAUUAAAAAAGUCUCCCAUUUUAAUCCAGGUUGCGAGUUUGUACACCCCUCCUAUCUUUGAUUUAUUUCAUUAUGAGUUGGAUACAUCCCUUUGUUGUCAAGUGAAGCAAUUCCAUGAGUUAGAAGGAGAAGUUAAGUGCGUGAUUGGCUUGUAUGGUAAUGAUGAAGAGUAUAUUGUGGAGGGUAGGGUGGAAGUUACUGGGUUAAGAGGAGAAAAAAGCUGUCGAGAAAUACAUUGUACUUGUAAGAAAUUUGAGAACUUCAGAAUUUUGUGUAGUCAUGCAAUCAAAGCACUUGAUAGAAUGAAUGUUAUGGAAAUUCCCGAAAGGUAUAUAUUAAGCCGAUGGAGAUUGGAUGCAAAAGAUUGUGAAAUUGAAGAGAAAAAUGUUGUAGUAGAUGAGGAUGAUCCGAAAUUGUUGAUAUUAGCACGUUAUAGAGAUCUUUGUCCAAGAAUGGUGAAACUAGCAACUCAAGCAUCUAUGCACAAACCUUCCUAUCAAUUGGUUGAUGAAGGGAUUAAGGAAUUGUGUGUAAAAGUAAAUAAUAUGAUGAAGGGAGUUGGAAAUUUUGGUACCAAAGAAUUAGAUGCGGAUGACCCCAACUUUGCACAAGUUAAGGGCAUAAAGAAGAAAGAUGUUGGACACAAAGGGAGGGGUAGAUUGAAACCUUGGCAUGAGAUGAUGAAUAAGAAGACAAAAGUUAUUUCACAACCAACCCGCCUUAGUAAGACUAUUGGUCAAUCAAGCAACACUACAAAUAUUCAAAAUUCAUCUUCAAGCCAACCACAGACUAUUGGUCAAUCAAGCAACACUACAAAUAUUCAAAAUUCAUCUUCAAGCCAACCACAGACUAUUGGUCAAUCAAGCAAUAUCACAAAUGUUCAAAAUUCAUCUUUAAGCCAACCACAGGGUAAAUUAUUGUAA